UUCGUCAUAUGACAUCAAAAUAUCGCGAGAUCAAUUCGAAAGCACAGAUUUGAAGCUUAGCGUUCGCAUGUUGUUCCUAUUUCAAGAAAUGUCCCACCCUCGACAUCUUCAAUGAGGUACAAGUGCAGAUGUACGGGGGCAGGUGCAGAAUGUGAUUUUACCCGACAUGUGCUGAUAGACGAGAAGUGUUUUUAAGCACGCGGGGAGCUGAAAUAGUUACACGAUGAUCCCAUUAAAACGCAGGAAAGUAACGUUAUCUGAAACUGUACAGCAGCCAAAACAACAAACCUGUAAGUUUCCUCAUGUUUGUGUUUUCAUCCUGGAGAGGAAGAUGGGAUCAAGCAGACGAGCGUUUCUCACGAGACUAGGACGAAGCAAAGGAUUUCUCAUUACAGACACGUACAGUUCAUCCGUCACACAUGUGGUGUCAGAAAACAACAGUGGAGAUGAAGUUCAGACCUGGCUGGACCACCAAACCGCACGAGACGUUUCCAGUUCAGAGCAUCUGCUGGACAUCAGCUGGUUUACAGAGAGCAUGGAAGCUGGACAACCAGUUCCAGUCGAGGACGGACACAGAUUAAAGGUGACCCCAAAGCAAAAUGUGAACGUAAAUACAAUUCAGAUGAAAAGUUACGCCUGUCAGAGACGAACACCCUUGAAACACCACAAUUCACUUCUGACCGAAGCUCUCGAACUUCUGGCUGAAAAUGCAGGAUACAGUGAGAAUGAGGGCAGGAGUGUGGCGUUCAGACGGGCAGCGUCAGUUUUAAAGGCACUUCCCUAUCGAGUGCACACUAUGGAUGAGCUGAAGUGUUUGCCCUGCCUGGGUGACCAUUCACAGAGAGUUAUAAAGGAGAUCUUAGAAGACGGCACAUCGAGGGAAGUGGAAUCGAUGCGACAGUCUGAGCAAUUUCAGGCCAUGAAGGCGCUGACGGGGAUUUUCGGGGUAGGUGUUAGAACGGCAGAUCGUUGGUUUAGGGAGGGUUUGCGUUCUCCGUCAGAUUUGAUCCGUACUGGACAGCCGUUGAACCGUGAGCAGCAAGCGGGAGUGCAGUAUUACGAUGAGCUCAACAAAUCUGUGACUAAACAUGAGGCGGAUCUGAUCGGUGAUAUCGUGAAGGAAGCUGUCGGCGCGGUGCUGCCCGGGGCAGAGAUUCAGCUGAUGGGAGGAUUCAGGAGGGGGAAAGAAGUCGGUCAUGAUGUGGACUUUCUCAUCACGCAUCCAGAGGAAGGCAAAGAGGAAGAACUUAUGCCAAAAAUCAUCAGCUGGUUGGCGGAACGGGAUUUACUUUUAUAUCAGAAAUCCACCAGAAACUCUUAUUUAGAAAAGAAAGAUGCCCCAGGACGGCCACCUAAUAACAUGGAUCGCUUCGAGAGAUGCUUUUCUAUAUUUAAGCUUCAGAGACCUGCAGAGGCCGCAGGAAGUGACGGCGUAAGACCCAGCGACCAAUCAGAGGCUUCAAACUGGAGAGCCGUGCGAGUUGAUCUAGUGGUCAGUCCUUACAGUCAGUUUGCCUUCGCUACUCUUGGUUGGACGGGAUCAAAGUUGUUUGAGAGAGAGUUGAGACGGUGGGCGGGGCAAGAGAAACACAUGUCAUUGAGCAGCCACGCCCUGUACGACAGCGUUCAGAGGUGUUAUGUCAGAGCUCAGUCAGAGGAGGAGAUCUUUGCAUAUCUGGGUCUGGAGUUUAUUCCUCCCUGUGAACGCAAUGCCUGAAUCUACAGAUGAGCCUGUGUGUAGACUCUUCAUUUCUGAUCUCAAACCGCCUGAUCAGAUCAUGUGUCCUCCAUAAGCCUGUUUAUGUAGUAAGUAACGGAACAAGACAAAGCAAAGAUCAGAUGUCGGACACUCUUUUAAUGCACAUGAUCUGAUCAGGAUUCUUCAGCACUUCAUGUCCGGUGCUUUAAUGACUUUGUGUGAGGUUUUAACCCUUUUUGCAGGUAAAACUUCAACCGAGAUACAAAAGAGAUGCAUUCUUUACCUUUUUAAAACCUGAUUAUUAAAUUAUUAGUACUGAAACCGUUUCAGAAUAAAAAUGUUUGUAAAUGAAAUUGUUUCUUCAUGUUUAUCUUCAUAUAUGCACCGUAAAGCCGUUGUUAAAUAGCUGUAUUCUCUGUUCUCACUGGCACAUCUUAGUUUGGUCUAACAACUAUUUUAUGCAACACAUACUGUAAGUGAUCAUCUCACAUAUACAAAAUCUAAAUAAAGAUACAUCCACCAAAACUAUACGUUUUUCAAUUUAUCAGCACGUGACAUGUAUAUGAAGACCAACGUGAGUAUUACGGGGUGGUUUACCGGACAGGGUUUAUACUAGUCUCAGACUAAAAUAAAUUUUAGAGUUGUCUUAACUGAAAAGUGCUUGCACUUACAGAUCUUUAAAUAUAUCUGUGCCAUCUCAAGAUGCACACUAUUAAUGUUUGUUGCUAAGGAAUGUUUGUAAAACUACCUAAAUAUCCUAAUUUAACUAAGGCCUAGUCCUGGUUUAAGAUGAUCCCUGUCUGGGAAACCACCCCUACAAGUCUCGACCUGUUUUAAAAUAACAAAUCUUAAAUAAAAACUUCAUAUGUUUAGUUGAGUCAGCUUGUGGAGUUUGAAUGCUAUCAGCAGAAUAAUACAAUCGACAUCGAAUUAACAAGAAUUAUGAAGACAUUGUCAGGACUCUUUCUGCUUCAGUCAUUUAUUUUUUCCAGUUCAGUAUCAUG